GUGUGGUUUAUACACCCACUGACACACACACGCACACAUACCUGGUGAAGCGGCUGUUGUGGAGCAUGCUGAGACAGAUCACUCUUUCAUGGUGAAGCAAGCAGCCUCUGUGUACCUUUGCUCCACGGUGCUGUUUACCACAUCUCUCUGUGACUCUCGCUGCCACGUCAAAUGACUGCCUGGGUGCUUGGCUCGCUCCUCUGGGAGCCUCGUGGCCGAAGAGCCUGACUGUGGUCACUCUGCUUUGACUCUGAAGAUUCUCUGCAACUUUGCUAUUUGCAGCUUGUAAUAUGCCUGGGUUUGAGUGUUUACUGAAACUCUAAUGGCAGCUAGGAGGUAAUCGGAUAUCUUCGGGUCUCUGAAGGCUGAGGCCAAGGACUGUUCACCUGACAGAUGAGGACAUACUUUGUACUGAGCUUUUGUGCUGUUUUUAAAUGAUACAGCUGAAAAAUGAGUGGAUUUCUUUAUAGAGGAAGGCACUGUGGUGCAGAUAAACGGGCCAGGCCGAAAAGCAUGAUGGAUUUCUCAGGGGACGAAACAGACAAAGGACCCCCAGUACAGAUGCACAGCCUCAGAGAGUUUGAACAGCACCUGAAUGACCUGAAGAAGGAGAACUUCAGCCUAAAGCUGCGUAUCUACUUCCUGGAGGAGAAGAUCCAGCAGAAAUUUGAGGAGAGCAGUGAUGACGUGCACAAGUGGAAUAUUGAACUCAAGGUGGAAGUUGAGAGUCUGAAAAAGGAACUCGAGGAGAAACAAGAGCUUUUGGACAAAGCAAAAUCGACGGCAAAGAGCCUGUCUAAUCAAAAUGAAGCAGAGUUGCAGCGGCGUCUGGUGGUGCAGCAGGAGGAAAUCAACCACUUACAGGAAAUCAUGGCAACCAAAGUCCGGCUACUACAAGAGGAGGCUGAGCUGGCACGAGUUGAGGCUGAACGGAUGGCCUCACUGGCAAACACCGAGACCCAGCGCUACCUCACUCUUGAGAAACAGAUGUUGGAGAAGAGUCAAGCCUCUGGUGGAACACUCAACUUGCAGCCACUGACAGACAAAGACAGAAUGAUUGAGGAGCUGACGCAGGACAAACAUUCACUGCAUCUUCGAGUCAAAGAGCUUGAAGUGAGACUUCAAAACCCUUCCUCUUCUCUGCACAAAGACGGAGGAAAAAAUGAGUGUCAGCACGAGUGCACAGUUCAUGCACAGAUGCAGGUAGGACAAAACUUUACUUGUGAGAUCUUUGAACUUUUACCCACUGCAGUAUAUUCUGCAUUUAUAUUCUGA